UGUAGUUUAGCCUUAUUCUAGGGAGCUAAUCGUAAUUUUUGUAAAUUAAUUUCUGGGUGUUGGGAGCAGUUCCCUCCCAAACAUGGCCUUAUUUUCCCAACGAUAUUUCCAUGCAUCUCUCUAACUGCCCAAAAUUUCCUGCCCUUUUUUUAAUUCUCGAGAAACCAAAGCAAAUUAAAUAAAUGCUUCCAUGGAGAUUCCGGCGCUGAAAUCCGCCACCAAUCUCCGCCUCAGCAACAUUCUCGUCCGCCUCCUCUCUUUCUGCGUCCUCGUCUUCCUCGCCCGCUUCGCCUACGUCGUCACCGUCAACUCCCACUCCUGCGAUUCUCUCGACUCCUGUUUCUUCCCCCAAACCCCCAAACCCUCCUCCGCCGCCGCCGCCGCCGCUCGCCGCCGCGCCCACUACUCCUCCGUUUUCCGAGACCUGCUUACGGAAGGCCUCCUCUCCACCAACUCCGCCUCCCUCUGCAUCGAAACCCUAGACGGAGCCGAGGUCACCGCAUUGAGGGAAAUCGGGAUCGUCAAUUCGUUCGGAAUUUCGUCGCAGAAAUUGCCCUACGGAGAAGGUAUCCGCUACGCCAAAUCAAUUAACCACCCGUUCGGAAACCAAUCGUUCGAUUUCGAAUUCUCCGGCACCGCCGGUCUGGACCGGACACCGAACCCGGUUCGAUUUGCCCUAGAAGUCUCCAGAACCCUAAUUCCCGGUGGUUUCUUCGUGGCACACACCGAGUCACUCAGCGACGAGUACAGCCUCCACUCGUUACUUCGAUUAUUCGAUUCCUUUACGCUGAUCAAACUGCGUGAAAUCAAGGGUUUUGAUUCGGUACCUACACGUGAAAUUAUACUCAGAAAGAAGAACCGAACUCGUAACCACGUAGAAAUCGAAAAUCGAGAGUGCUCCGUUCCUAAACACAAGCUCGAUUUAAUUAAAAACGCAGAGCUUUUGAUUGAAGAAGAGCCUCUAAAACCAUGGAUAACACUGAAAAGGAAUAUCAAGAAUGUAAAAUACCUAUCUUCAAUGGUCGACAUAAGUUUCAAGAAUCGGUACGUAUACAUCGACGUCGGAGCAAGAAGCUACGGUUCGAGUAUCGGGAGUUGGUUCAAGAAGCAGUACCCAAAACAAGAGAAGCCCUUCGAGAUUUACGCGAUCGAGGCAGACAGUGCCUUCCACGACGAAUACAAGAAGAAGAAGGGGGUGAAACUUCUGCCGUACGCAGCUUGGGUGAAAAACGAGUCGUUGUUCUUCGAAAUUAAUCGCGAGCCGAAUAAGAAAAAGAACGAGGAGGAGAAGGGUAGAGGAAUGGGGAGGAUUCAAUCGGUUCAAUCUUCGAGUAAUUUUAUUGGAGAUGUUAAUAAGAUUGAAGGGUUCGAUUUCACAGCGUGGUUGAAGAGUACGGUGGUGGAGAGGGAUUACGUGGUCGUGAAAAUGGAUGUCGAAGGGACUGAGUUUCAUUUGAUUCCUAGGUUGAUCGAGAGUGGAGCUAUUUGUUUGAUCGACGAGAUGUUUAUCGAGUGUCAUUACAAUAGAUGGCAGAGGUGCUGCCCUGGUAAGAGAAGUCCUAAGUAUCGGAAGACGUAUGCGCAGUGUUUGGAGUUGUUUUCGUCUCUCAGAAAACGGGGUGUUCUUGUGCAUCAGUGGUGGUGAUUUGUAUUAUUAGUUGAUUCUUUUUUUUUUUUUUUUCGGAAUUCGUUGAUUCUUUAAUUUCGUCACGUAUAUAUUGUGAAUAUAUAGAAAGAAAAAGAUGCAUAUGAUAUAGGUUCUUGAAAUACUCGACACUUUUUCAGGAUGCUCGUGAUGUGUUGAUUG